AUGAAUUCUAAGAUUGAAAGCGACUCAAUUAUUGAUCCUGCAGCAAUCUUCGCUAUGCUUUUUGGUAGUGAGCUUUUUGAGGAAUAUAUUGGCCAGCUAGCCAUGGCAUCAAUGGCUUCACUAGAUAUUUUCUCAGAAGGGGAGCGGUUCGAUCCCAAAAAGCUGCAAGAGAAAAUGCGGAUAAACAGGUAUGCAUUUUCUGGUGGACAAGAUUCAAUAGAGAAACAUAGAGAACUUGGAGCACAUCGCGAGCUUACAGGUGUUGAUACGUUGAAUACAAUUGGCUACAUAUAUGCCAGAAAGUCAGCAAAAGAGCUACAGAUGUGUUCAUUUGUUCUAGAUGCUUGCAAAGAUAGGGUAUAUCAUUUGUUGUUAGGCUAUGUUCCUGCGAUCGAUGGAGAUUUAAAUUUUCCUGAUAACUAUGCUCCAUUUACAUUUCAUGAAGGCUUGCUUUCCAGUGAGCAAGGUGCCUACAUUGCAGAGUCUAUCGCUGCUAAGAACAUGAAACAAGCGAAGAGCCGUUUUCGGAUGUAUGAGGAUGCCACAGAUCAUGGUGGUUCUAAUCAUUCUGCAAAAGUAGAGCCAGCCAAUGGUUGUACAGGUGAAAGGGAAACUGGGAAGUCUGCAAAGAAACUUGAUAAAGGAAGGACUGCAAAAGAGGAGGCAUCCAAACGUGAGAAGCUUGAGAUUGCAAGGGAAGCUGCCCCAUUUGUGGAUCCUGCUGUUUUGGUGGAAACUUAUGAACAAGAGGAAUGUGUCGAUGAUCUUGAAGGGGAUGAUCGGAUUCAAUCUGCGCUUGCUCACAUUGUGACGCACGCACUUUUGAAGAUGCUCCUGGACCUGAUUAUGCAAAGAAAGAAUUUCAUAUUAGAAUGCUUUUCAAUCCAACUUCCUCUGCAAGUGGAGGAGGCAUUUGCUUUCUGUGGUACUCCAGAAGGUGAUCUGGUCCAUCCUGCAGCAGUACUGGAGACAGUUAGGCGUCAUAGAGUCAAUGUCGAUGGCAAUGUCUGUACUGUCAUGGUAACCACUUUGGUUCUUGAGGGAUGGCAGCGGAAACUUGAUCCCAGUUGUUUCCGAUUUCAUGAAGGUUUGCUUUCCAGUGAGCAAGGUGCCUACAUUGCAGAGUCUAUCACUGCUAAGAACGUGAAACAAGCGAAGAGCCAUUUUCGGAUGUAUGAGGAUGCCACAGAUCAUGGUGGUUCUAAUCAUUCUGCAAAAGUAGAGCCAGCCAAUGGUUGUACAGGUGAAAGGGAAACUGGGAAGUCUGCAAAGAAACUUGAUAAAGGAAGGACUGCAAAAGAGGAGGCAUCCAAACGUGAGAAGGUCCGAGAAAUACAGAAAAAUCUACCUUCCAUGCUUUAA